CCGAAGCUGCUCGAGCGGGUGGUGCUCGAGUACGUCGCGGGGGGCGGGCGGGCGCACGGCGCCCCGCCGGUCGGGGCGCAGCGGGCGGAGUAUCUCGAGCUCCUCAGGGAGGCCAUGGUCCACUUCGGCCUGCGGGGCAUCUACCAGUUGCCCGGAU